CAGAUCACCUUUGUCCUUGUAUCGAGCGUUCCAGCAUUAAUUUUCCUCGUGUCAGUUUUCUAGUGUUUAGAGUCUAGUGAUUCUGCCUUUAGCCCACUCCUUGUCUGUUUUGGUUGCUGAUAUUGGAUUGAUCUUCUGUGUACCGGACCUUUUUGCUGCUAUUAAAUUGUUGGAUUAUUUUGGACGUUAUCCCUGCCUCUGAGUCGUGCUGUUGAGUCCUACCGGGUUUCUGGUCGUUACACCAUGGCUCGUCAAAAACAGACAAGGGGCAUGUUUCUUUUUCUGGGAGCUUCUGAAACACUCUGCACUGUGUCUGCUGGAAUUACAACAAUUGUCUUUAGUGGCAGCGAUCAGCCCAGGUGGCUGGCAGAGAUCUGCACUCUACUGAGUGCACUUUUCUAGUUAAGUUGCUGUUCUUGGUCAUGGAUGAUUUUGUCCAGAACGAAUAAACUACAUGGGAUCUCAGUGAGCUGAUAGAAACAUUUCAAGGAGGAACCAAACACAACAAAUCCAGAAACAGUUGAUUCUCCUGCUCAAGUUCGUCCAUCUACCAGUGCUUCAAUGGAUAAAGGAAAGAGAAAGUUGGAUCUUCAGGGUGAGUCCAGCAAUUGGCAAUCACCAACUAGAAGACAACGAUGUGAACCUGUGUCAUACUCAGAAGAAACUAUACUGUCUAAAGUGGAAGAAAUCAUGGAUGAUGUCCAAGACAAACUACCAGACCAAGACAACAAGCUCCAUCAGUUCCUCAAGAAGAAAAUUAAGGAUUUGGAAAUCGACAAGAGGGAGCUGGUCGGUGUCUUUGGUAGAACUGGUGCUGGAAAGAGCACUCUGAUAAAUACCGUCAUUGGAGAGAAGAAUCUCUUGCCUUCUGGGAGUGUCAGUGCAUGUACCUCAUUCAUGAUUAAAGUGGAGGCUAACAUGCAGAAACAAUAUGAGGCAGAAAUUGAGUUCAUUACAGAAGAGGAGUGGAAAGAUGAGUUGUGGUCCUUGUUAAAUUUCCUUGGGGAUGAUGCAGAUCAGGAAGAUGAUCAGGAAGAUGACGAGGAUUACCAUGACACUGUUGACAAGCUGUCAGCGCUGUAUGGAGAAGAAUGGAGAGACAAAUCCCCUGAAAACCUCAUGGAAAACAAGUAUUUCGAAGAAGUUCCAGAAUUUCUCCACUCAGAGAAAAAGCGUUUGACAUGUAAAUCAGCUGAAGAGCUAUCGGCAAAAUUAGUCAAAUACACAAGAAGUGAAUCAAGCGAUGGAGAAGGAAAAGAAGUAAAGAAGUGGUAUUGGCCCCUGGUGAAGUGUGUGACUGUGAGGGUGCCUAACAAUGAUCUUCUCCAGCAUGUCACACUUGUGGAUCUUCCUGGAAAUGGGGACCGUAACAAGAGCAGAGACAAGAUGUGGAAAGGGGUUGUUGGAAGUUGCUCUACUGUGUGGAUUGUGACUGAAAUUAAUCGAGCAGCAGCAGAGCGUGAAGCCUGGGACAUCCUGAAAAGUACCUGUAGCUUCAUCGGAAAUGGUGGCGAGUGUCAGCACAUCCACUUUAUCUGCACAAAGUCUGAUGUUACUGGAGUUUGGGAUGAUCGUUCAGCAGAUGCUGUUCGUGCUCGCAUACUUCAAGACAACAAGAAAGCCAAGGAAGAAGUGAACCAAGAGUUCAGAAAACUCAAGGAGGUUAAGAAACAUUUCAGUGAUGAAUGUUUCAAAGUCUUCACAGUGAGCUCACAAGAGUUUCUGAAGCAAAAACGUCUGACGCCACAGGAAACUGAAAUACCCAAACUUCAGGAAUUUCUGCAAGAGCUCAAUGACUGUCACUCAGAGACAUUAAACUAUGUGUCUGGAGCUCAUGGGAUCCUCUCUCUGAUUCAAGGGGCCAGAAGUAGAGCAGGGGCUGACAGAAACACAGAUGUGUGCAGAGAGCUGGAAGAAAAGAUGGAGCAGGAACUUAAAAAAGUCAGACAGCCCAUGCAGACUUAUGACACCUUUGAAAGAUGCCUCACUGAGGGGGUUGAAAAAUCCAAAAGUUCCUGGGAAAGACUCUUGAAGUCGGUCUUAUAUCCUCCUAGAAUGAAGGGGAGCGCUUUUCACAGGAUACUGAAGUGUGUAGUUCAGAAAAGUGGCACUCACAAACCAAAGAACAAAAAACUAAUAAACCUCAAUAUGAAGUUAACUUCGUGCCUGACUGACAGCAUUGAUGAGGAAUUCAAGAAGACCUUCCCAAAUGAAGCCACAUGUGAACCAUUCAAUGGGAUCAUCAACUCGUUUUCACUUGAAACAGAGAGGCUGAUGAGAGAGAGGCAAGAGUACAAAGAUGUCGAACUGCAACUGAUAUUUCUCAAGACAGAGGAAGAAAAAAUGAAGACAAAACUCAACAAAACCAUCCGGAAGCAAAAGAAAACCAUCUACAAGAGUCUGAUGGAGACAAUCGAGGAAAACAUGAAAGAAGGCUAUGAAAAAGCAGCAGAAAUUAGAGGACGACACUCGCUGAAAAACAUGAGGAGCACUAUUGAGAACCAUGUACGAGAUUCAAAGGACAUCAUGUUUCAGAGGGCGAAAAAUGUUAUGUUGGAGCAGCUGGAAAACUUGAUGGCGCAGAUCCUGUGGGAAUUGAAGAACACAAUGCAGGAAUCAAUCGAGCUGUCACUCAAUACAGAUGGUGACUCAAUCCCAGAUGUUUCAGAUGAGCUCCAGAUGGUGAAGAACUACCGUGAUAAACUGAAGGAAAACUCAAAUGAAGCACCACCAUCGAUGAGUGCUGAUCCACCUGUCCCAGCAACCCAUUCAUGACGUGUGCAUAGGUUUGCUCAGUGGAGAGAAUCAGCAGAUGCCUGAUCACCCACUGAAGGUCCCUGUGGGCACACUGAUCCCUCAGAGACAUGACACCUCUGGAUUUGAUCUCAACCAUUUUUGUCAAGUUAUCGUAUCCCUGUUCUUUUUGAGUUUUUAAUGUACUUUGAGUUUGCUUGUUGUUGUGUGUUACAUGCAGAGAAAUUUUAGACAUUUUUACUUUCAAGUGAUUAUGGAUCAGUUAAAAUGUGGGGAGAAGGGUGGAGGGAGCUGGAUUCAAACCAGAGACGUAAGUCCUGUUUCCACCGAGCGGUACGGUACAAUUCAGUUUGUUACAUUGUUUUUCAGUUUCCACUGUGAAAAGUUGUGGAUGGUACCAAUGGAACCAUUCUGUACCGUCCCCAUUUUUGGUCCCCCCUCUGUUGGGGUACCUAGCACACAGAUCUGGAACUAAAA